CGCUGACAGACGGCGGAGCCGGAGCGGCGGCGCGAGCGGGGCCGAGCCGGCCGACACCCUCCCCCCCCCCGCCCGCGCAGCCCUGCGCUACCGCUCCGCAGGCCCCCGCGGCCCGGUGAAUGGGAGAGGCGGGCGGCGCCGGCCCGACGCACCCCAGCGAGGCGGCGGCGGCGGCUCGGAUGGAAUGAAUCCUCCUUGUUGAAUGCCUCCAGGUUUCCUAUUGGAUUUCACGUGUGGAGAAACACUUCUUUCCUUUAAGCCACUCUGUGGCAGACUGAAUUGUGGAUCCAGGACUCCCUAAGACUUUAGAUCUUGAAGGCAGCCACCACUGAACCGCAUUAAUCUGACAUUACAGCCACAAUGGUGCUGUCACAAAGGCAACGAGAUGAGCUAAAUCGAGCAAUAGCAGAUUACCUUCGUUCUAAUGGCUAUGAAGAGGCAUAUUCAGUUUUUAAAAAGGAAGCUGAGUUAGACAUGAAUGAAGAGUUAGAUAAGAAAUAUGCUGGACUUCUCGAGAAAAAAUGGACGUCAGUUAUAAGAUUACAAAAGAAGGUUAUGGAAUUAGAAUCGAAGUUGAAUGAAGCUAAGGAAGAAUUUACAUCAGGUGGACCUCUUGGUCAGAAACGAGACCCUAAAGAAUGGAUUCCCCGUCCUCCAGAGAAGUAUGCCUUGAGUGGACAUAGGAGUCCUGUCACUCGAGUAAUUUUCCAUCCAGUUUUCAGUGUUAUGGUCUCUGCUUCAGAGGAUGCCACAAUAAAGGUGUGGGAUUAUGAGACAGGAGACUUUGAACGAACCCUUAAGGGGCAUACAGACUCUGUGCAAGAUAUUUCCUUUGACCACACUGGCAAACUAUUGGCCUCCUGUUCUGCUGAUAUGACCAUUAAGCUAUGGGAUUUCCAAGGCUUUGAGUGCAUCAGAACUAUGCAUGGUCAUGAUCAUAAUGUUUCUUCAGUAGCCAUCAUGCCCAAUGGAGAUCAUAUAGUUUCUGCUUCAAGGGAUAAAAGCAUCAAAAUGUGGGAAGUCCAAACAGGUUAUUGUGUGAAGACUUUUACGGGACACAGAGAAUGGGUGCGCAUGGUGCGGCCUAACCAAGAUGGCACCUUAAUUGCCAGCUGUUCUAAUGACCAGACGGUGCGUGUUUGGGUGGUAGCGACAAAGGAGUGCAAAGCUGAGCUCCGAGAACAUGAACAUGUCGUAGAGUGCAUUUCUUGGGCUCCUGAGAGCUCAUACUCCACCAUAUCGGAAGCUACGGGAUCAGAGACUAAGAAGAGUGGCAAGCCUGGGCCUUUUCUGUUGUCUGGAUCCAGAGACAAGACCAUUAAGAUGUGGGACAUUAGCACUGGCAUGUGCCUUAUGACACUUGUGGGCCAUGAUAACUGGGUACGUGGCGUUCUGUUCCAUUCUGGGGGAAAAUUUAUUUUGAGCUGCGCUGAUGACAAGACUCUACGUGUCUGGGACUUCAAGAACAAACGAUGCAUGAAAACCCUCAAUGCGCAUGAACACUUUGUUACCUCUUUGGAUUUCCACAAGACGGCACCAUAUGUGGUUACUGGAAGCGUAGAUCAAACAGUAAAAGUGUGGGAGUGCCGUUGAUUGAAUUCACAUUUGACCCCUUUUUCCUCUGGAUGCACUCAGAUACCAUGGUUACCCAUUGAGCUCUGUUUAAAUAAAUAUUGUCCUUUCAUGUAAAUUAUUCUGGAUGUAGAUUGAGCUUAUUAAAUGUUACACACAAAGUAUUCAUGCAUGGUGAAUCCAAAUUGUAUACUGUAAAUUUACAUACGUUGUCUAGAAGUACCAUAGGUUUAAGAAUAUGGGCUGGCAUUGGUCACAUCAGACCUAAGAAGGCAGAAGUUGGAUAAUUGAAAUAGGGCACUUAACUGAAUAGUUGACAGUGUCGUUCUAUGUCGGAUAAUUAUACCUGUUUUUCUUUCUGCUGUCUGUUGGUGCCUGAAUUGGUGACCUCAUUUGGGAAAAGUUUUGUAGGGCUCUUUCAGAAAUGUGUAUCUAUGUAACAUCACUUAAGUGUGCUUAAUAAAUCUUCUCUAAGGAUACUAGAUAAUAAGGCUGCAAUUCAGAAUCUUCUGAACCUUAUAUGUAAUUAAUGGAAAUUAAUUAAACUUUGGAAUAUUUGUCAUGAAACAUUUGCCAAAUCAACAGAAUACACUUGUUUUGGCCUCUUAUCACACAAGGGUUGGUAUAUUUAUAUAACUAACUGUAAACCUGAAAUAAGGCAACAAAUCUUAGUAGCAGCUGAUGUGAUAAAUGUAUUUAUUUUUUAUUUGGUCAUGCAGUGGUUAAGCUGUGCUGUUAAACUAAGUUUAAUUUUUUUUUAUGCUAGACAAACUUCCAGGAGGAGUUGUCAUUCCCACUAGAAUUUAGUGAUCUAAUUUCCAAUAGAGCUUAAUCUCCCAAAUGACUGCCAUGGUACAACUUGCUUGUUUGCUUUCAAUGUUUGUUAGAAAUGUGCAAUUCUCAUUACACAACAGUAUCAAAGUACACUUCCCGUAUAUUCACAUGCAGGAGGUUGGGGUAUACAAAGUUUUCUUGGUUUCUUUAGUGCCUCCUUGGAAACCCUUUUGAAAAUGAGGUUAUAUAUACCUUGAAGACAUAAUGUGGCUUGAAUAAAAAUUUACUUUGGUUUGCAUAUUGAGAAAUAUCUUGGGUAUAGUAUUUAAAUGCUUUAAAGAAAGCACUAAAAACCUUGUAUUCAAAUUGGUACAAGCUUUUAAAAAACACCUGAACAGUCCAUGUGUGGGAAUGCUGCUAUCAAGUAAACAUUAAAAGAAAACAAAAAGCCUGA